UGUUCUUUCCUGUAGCCCUUUAAACGCUGAGCCUCCAAAAUAAAACACCAGUUCCCAGAAUGCAUUAGGCGAUGCUUCAGCGCAGAACAAAAGUGGAAACAAAAGACAUCUAUUUCUCAAACAAAUACUAUAAACUCCACUCAACACCACCUCCAAGUCGGCCAGCAGCUGACUGACAGCUUCAACAUUCAACACCACAGCUUUGAGGGAUCCGAAAUGGCUUUGAAAAGAAUACAGAAGGAGCUAAAAGAUCUGCAGAGGGAUCCCCCCGCACAGUGCUCUGCAGGACCAGUAGGAGAGGACUUGUUUCAUUGGCAAGCCACAAUCAUGGGACCGUCGGACAGUCCGUAUCAAGGAGGUGUGUUCUUCCUGACUAUCCACUUCCCAACGGACUAUCCCUUUAAACCACCAAAGAUUGCCUUCACAACAAAGAUCUACCACCCGAACAUCAACAGCAACGGUAGCAUAUGUCUGGACAUUUUAAGGUCUCAGUGGUCACCUGCACUAACCGUAUCAAAGGUUUUGUUGUCCAUAUGCUCUUUGCUCUGCGACCCCAAUCCGGAUGACCCUCUGGUCCCAGACAUCGCACACAUCUACAAAUCAGACAAACCUAGGUACAACAAAUUAGCAAGAGAAUGGACUCAAAAGUAUGCAGUGUAAACUACUGUGAAGUCUUAGCACCAAUGGAAAGAAUUAUGACACACUUCUUGCUGGACAAAUUCCAAAAUGGAUGUCCAAAAUAUCCACACUGGUUGUAAAAAAAGGGGGUUUUCAUUAGAAGCACUUUCUCUUUCUGGAAAUAACUGGUUUUAUUCUUGAAUUUUAUUAUUUUCUUUGUUUGCUAUUAUGAUUAUUAUGAUAAUAAUACUUAUUAUUGAUGAAACUGCAAAAAAUAUUGUUUUUAUUUUCAGAGAGUUAUAAUGUAUGGUGUCAAACUAUACAAAUCUAUUUUUAUUAUUUUGCAUUAAAAAUUAAAGCCCAAUGUGCAUUACUUGAUUUCUAUUUUCUUGUGCUAGGGUUAAAUUAAGUGAAAUGCUGUUAUUCAAAUUAAGUGUAUUUGCUUUUCACACACUGUACAUGUUUUUAUUUCUAUAAACUAUGAUUGAAAUAUGGGAAAGUACAUUACUAUCAACAAAAAUGCCUCACCACUGUUUAUUUUGCAGACCAUUGUCUAUUUCUCUGUUUCAUAAUAGUGCCUUGGACCUACGUACAAUUAAUAGUCUUGGAUAGUCUUACUUGUAGCAUGUUCAAGUGACCACUAGAUGGUAGUGUAUACCAUUUACAAAAUAUUACCAAACCAAUUCAAUAUUCUAUAUCUAUUUAGACACAAGUUAGAAGUUUUGUUAUGUCGUGUUUAUAACCUUUUAUUUUAGAAUGACU